CAAUCAACAUUCAAUAGCCCUUUUGAAUUUAACCACCUGAACUAAUGUCGGUCGGCUAAUUUGUUUGGGUAGCACAGGAAGAAGUUGCAAUUUCUGCUGUUACGCAUAGUUGCUCAUUUCAUGUAUGGGGAUGGUUUGAUUUGCUGGUCACUCACUUUUAAAAUAUUCGGAAAAUCAUUCGGCUGAGGCAAAAUUCAUGAAAUCAUGGAAAUUUGAUCGUGUAUUCGUAUGCGAAAGACCUUAUCUAUUUGAACUUCGACUUGUGUUAAAACUGUGAAAUAGAGGGGGAUGGCUCUGGCAUUGGCAGCAAAAGGGCUGUUAUCCCCGCUGCGUGCCAGUAAAGAUGGAAGCAAAAAUACAAAGUACAUCCCUCUCGAUUCUUCAACAGGAGAUGAAGAUGGACAGAACACGAAUCGAAAGUUCCUUAGCGGACGCAGAAGAUAUUAUGUUGGUGGAUUUGCUGCUAUUUUGCUAGUAAGCGUUGUGACUCUUGCAGCCGUCUUAGGAACGAAACAAGAUCUAUGGCUUGGUUCAAGGCAAGCAAGAUCUUCCACCAAAAUCACUUUUGAAGAUGCAAUGACUGGAACAUUCUCUCCAAGGAGCUAUUCAGUGAAGUGGCUUGAUGAUGUGAGCUAUGUGCACCUCUCACCAGAUGCUGGAAUAAAAAUGUUCAAUUUGACCACUAAUUCUUCAUCAACUUUCCUUUCAGAUGAUGUAAUUGAUAAACAUGGUUCAAGUUAUACAUUAUCAAAAGACAGAAAAUGGAUUAUGUUCAAGGAAAACUCAACGAAACUUUACAGACAUUCAUCAAUGUCUGACUACUAUUUUGGUAAAGUCAGUGACAAACAAAUAACAAGACUGGCGUUGCCUGGGGGGUCAACUGAGCAGAUCCGUUAUGCCACCUGGUGUGGACCAAAGGACUCAGUUGUUUUUGUGUUCAGAAACAAUAUUUAUUAUAAACAUCAAGCUUCAAGUCCCACGUCAUAUCAAAUAACAAAAGAUGGUAUACCAAAGUCAAUCUUCAAUGGCGUACCAGAUUGGGUCUAUGAGGAGGAGAUCCUGGCUACUGAUUAUGCAUUGGAGUGUUCUGCGGAUGGCACCUGGCUCAUUUUCUCAAAGUUCAACUCUAGUUUGGUCAGAUACUUCAAAUUCACCAAAUAUGGACCAAGGAAAAAUGCUUACACGCAGAUUGAAAAAAUUGCCUACCCAAAGCCGGGGUAUGAAAACCCUUUUGUUUCCUUGUUUGCUGUCAAUCUGGAGAAUGUAGUGCAAAGCUCUGGAAAUAAUGUGGUUUUAAAUGCACUUGAGCCCCCCAGUGUAUUCAAAGGAAUAGAGAAUUAUUACUACAUCAUGCAAUUCGUGAGAGGUGGUGCUGCGUAUACAAAGCACCAGGUCUAUGUCAGCUGGAUGAAUCGAGCACAGAACCACACGAUAACCCUGUAUUAUGAUCUUGACAGCUUGACUAAUAAGAAGAUUGAGGAGCACACCGUUGAAAAAGGAUGGGUCGACGAUGACUACCCUAAGCCAAAAUUCGCCAAUGAUGGGAGUUACUUCAUCAAUCUGCUGCCAAAAGAUGAAGGAAGUGCUGGCUUUUUCAGGCAUGUCGCGCAAGUGAAAACCGGGGGCACCGCGAGCGUGAACUUCCUCACUAGUGGAAAAUGGGAGGCCCAAGAUGUCGUGUGCUUUGACCCUGUCGGUGAAAUUGUGUAUUAUCGAAGCACAGAAACACACCCUGCUGAACGUCACGUUUACAGUUUAAAUGUCAAAACAAAGGAGAAGAAAUGUAUCACUUGUAGUUUUGCCGAUGAUAAUGGAUGCACCUACUAUUAUCCACAAUUCAGCAAACAGUGCACAUGGGUGAAUUUAUUAUGCCAAGGGCCCGUUGUUCCAUUUACAAAGCUUAGGAAUCUGAAAAGCGGCAAAAUGAUUUUGAUGGAGGACAACAAGGAACUGAAAUCUUCGUUGAAGCAGAGAUCGUUGCCAAAGCAAGUAAGAUACACAAUCAAAAGUGAUGGAUUUGAUGUUCCAGUGCAAGAGUUACGACCCCCAAAUUUUGAUCCGAAUAAAAAAUAUGCUAUCUUAUGCUCUGUAUAUGGUGGACCCGGAACUCAGAAGGUUAUCGACGCGUUUAACAUUGGCUGGGAUGCAUUCUUGGUAACUAACUAUGACAUCAUCGUUGUUUAUUUCGACGCAAGAGGAUGUGGUUACUAUGGUGACAAAUUCUUACAUGCAGUUUAUAGGCAGCUAGGGAGAUAUGAAUCAGUCGAUGCCAAUGCCGUUGCAAGGCACUUGACCAAGCAAACUUAUGUUGACAAGGAUAGGCUUUCAAUCUGGGGAUGGUCGUACGGAGGUUUCUAUACUGCAAGCGUGCUGGCGACUAGUGAUAAUUUGUACAAAGUUGGCAUCUCAGUAGCACCUGUGACUGAUUGGAGAUAUUAUGAUACGAUAUACACAGAAAGGUAUAUGGGACUGCCAACCAAGGAAGACAACCUCAAGGGCUAUGAGUUAACCUCGGUGCUUCCUUUCGUCCAGAACUUUAAAACUAAAAAGUUUCUACUUGUCCAUGGCACAGGAGAUGAUAAUGUUCACGUACAGCAAUCGAUGCAACUCGCUAAUGCCUUAGUUUCAAACAGCAUUCAGUUUAGGAUGCAGAUAUAUCCAGAUAAAGCUCAUGGCAUUCGUGGCAACACUACGAGAUACCACUUGUUUACUCUGAUGCUGCAGUUCUUUGAGAGUAAUCUAAAGCUUUUGUGAAUCAAAAAACUAGUUGGUGGAAUUUCGUGCUCUACCCUGACAACAAACAUGCUAUCAAUGGCAAUGGCUCAACACAUCAUUUAUUUACAAUGCUGACAAAAUUCCUAGAAACUUCUCUUAGCCUUUAAUUUUUUCAAUAUUUUGUACAUUGUAAUCAUUUACCUCAAUAUCUAUAAUUUAAAAUUAUUAAAAAAUUACAUUUAUUUGAAAAUUUAAAAAUAACCGGGAAAAGCGGAGACUAUUAUUUAACAAUCAAUAGCCUGGAAAUGUGUAUGGUCAAUAAUGAAGUAAUUUUUGUCAAAAACAAGUAACCAAUCAAAUAAUACACCAUUCUUUGUUCGCGCUACUUCCGAUCUGCAUCGGUAUAUGAAUGCCCGCAAACCUGGUUGGUCACUAUCCAAAAUUUGUUCUCUGUUGUCGGACCAAAAGUACUGAAGUAUGAACUGUUUCCGCUUUUUGGCCUAUUUUAAAUCUUUGUAUCCAUUUUUCAUGGUGUUUGAUGUCAAAUAGUCCGGGAAUUCUGACAAUUUUGGUAGCCAACAGGGAUGGUGGUACACUUGGUUACCUUUCUGCGCAUAAAAUGAUUUCUGUCAUCUGGCAUUGACUUAAGACCCGAUUAAGUAGCAAUUUGUUAAGUUAAACAUUUCCCCAAAUACGGCACGCUAUCCAAGCUCGAACCAAAGAAGUUCUUAAUGAAUUUCAAGCAAUUAUAUGCUAUUUAUUUCAGCGAUAUUUGGCUGAUAUCGCUCAGAAAACCAAAAAUAAGAACUGACAUCUUACUUCAUAUCUUAUUUGGUUAAGUUCUCGAGUUUGUUUCAAAAUAAGAAUAUUGUUUCAUUUAAAAUUUUUUCAUUUUCUGUUUCCUUUCUGACCCAUGUUUUUGCAGAUAUUUGUUAAUUUAUGUGAGAAUCAGUGAUGUCAUAUUUCAAUGUGUAUUGAGUUAUGUGAUUUGAAAAUUAAUCAUAUAUUCAUUUGUGAUUUCCUGUAUGACCGCUGGUUAAUGAGUAUUUUCGUAUCAAUUAUUGUACGUUAUGAAGCUAGUAAAUAUUUAGAUAAUGUGUGUGGAAUCCAAGUAAACUUUUGUAAA